AUAUUAAGUAUAUCAAUUUCCUGAUAUCAUAAAUCUACCGAAUUAUGCAAAAACAUGUUGUUUUUAUAGCAACUUUUUAUGUAAAUAUACUCCGGCAUAGAAACUUUCUGUCGUGCACGUGUUCCCAUUUUUUCGGGAUUUUCACAAUUGCAGAUAGAAUCGAGUUGGCAGCGCCUUUUGGAGUUUAGCUUUCCGUGUCACUUCAGUUUCGAUGUUCAAUAGUAAUUCAGUCCAAUCAUUUUUCUUGUCGAAGGUGUUUAACUGAAAGUCUGUGUUUAUUGUGAAAAGAGCUACUCUAAUAUCAUAAACAAAAUUCAGCAAACUUUUGAGUUUUUGCUUCGCCAACGACGAUUCUCAGCGCUCAAUUGGUACGCAAUAUCAUCCGUGCACGAAUUCCAUUGCAAAAAUCUCUUCAAGCACCAUGGCCCACCAGAUGCGCAAUCCGCCGGAGCGCCACUUUGGCCACCGCUGCGUGAACUGCAAGAUAUCCGAUUUCCUGGGCCGCCGCUACACCUGCCGGUUCUGCGCGGACUACACCUUGUGCGGCAAGUGCUUCGAUGACAACCGUCUGCCGGAUUCGCCUCAGCAUCGCUAUUACCAUCCGAUGAGUGUGUACUAUGCCUACGCCGAGUACGAGCUGUACUUCGGCGGCGAGCCGUUCGGCGGUGAUCAUAAAGUGGCCCAGAGCUACAAGUGCGCCCUGUGCGAUGUUCGCGGCCUUUCUACCGCCAAUUUGUUCAGUCACCUACAGCAGGAGCAUCGCACCCACCGUGACCACAAUGCCUACAUGUCGUUGGUCAAUACCCUCUAUAUGGCGGACAACGCAAUGGAGCAACCGGUGCCAGUACCGCAGCCCUUAAGCCAAGCGCGCUCGAAUCGAGCUCGCAAUUUAGCAAGCCUUCGAACAGUAGCCGGUGGCAACACGCGGGCCGAGCAGUUAUUUAAUGCCGAAUUCAACCUGGUCCUAUUGGUUGUGGAGCUGGACAAUAUGGAUUCAACUGCCGACGACUUUCCUGAACGCUGCUUUGAGAUACUGCAGCAGACUGAAACUGUGCUUAUGCAGCACAGAAGUUCCAGAGUGCCGGACACGGAGACGAUUGAGUCUUUUGUACGCAUUGUCGAAGAUCAGGUGAUGGCUAGCAUGGCCGAUCGUCGUCAGCGUCUGGGCGGCUUCGCAUUACCUCGGCUGACCCGCGGUGAAGCAAUCGCUCCUGGUGCUAAUGCGUUAGCUAUGAGCUUGCGUGAUGCCAUGCCCGUUGUGUUUGACCGGCCGACGGCUAGGCGUGCCCGAGAGCCUAUCGGGCUAACCCCUAAAUUGGCGGUGUCUUCUGGCAGCGAAAAGGCGGGUUCCAGCUCUGGGGCAGCCAAGCAUCAAAAGGUCCCGACCCAAACGAGUGCGCAAGGAGAAAAGGCUACCAAGAAGAUGUCAACUGUCAUUAUUUCCCCACUCAAGGAUAAGCGCUUUUUGUGCUCGAAAUUAGUGAGGGGAAAUGCCCAAAAGAUGGAAACCAAAUUGCACAAAGCUACCUUUACCGAGGCCAUAUUCUGUUCGAUGCUGGCAGACGAAGAGCUGUUCCAGCCGCCAAUUGGUCUGCCCUGGACUGCGAAUUUCAUGUCGGGCGCAGUCGAGCCAUUAGGCAGUGUAAACCCAAAUGGGAAACUAUUGCUGUAUCCUGUUAAAACCAAGGUAUUAAUGGAAAGCUUCUACAAAGGUCUCGCCGAGUACAAAACUUGGAUGGGAUUGGAUCAGACCGACCCAACGGCCGAUAGCAAGGCAACUGAAGUCCCAGUCCCCCCCAACAGCUCGACUUAUUUCGCAGUUUUUGACGAUAUUCCAUACGCUGAUUCCGGAUCGGAUGAUUUGGAAAGUGGUAAUAGUAAUGAGUCAGAAGAAAUGGCCAGCGAUUUGCAUGCCGAAGAAGACGACGAUGAUUUAGUCGAAUUGGAGGAGGACAAGGAAAGCGGCGAGGAAGAAAACCAAGAUGAGGGCGAUGAAGCUUCGGAUUCCGACUUCUCUGAGUCAGCCAUUUCUCAAAUCACCGACUUCAUAGAAAUGGUCAUCCAGGACGAAUAGGCGGGCAGCCAGCCAGCA